GAUUGAAACUUUAGUAAAUUAAUUUGGAAGUUGCAAGUGAAGUGAUUAAUGAGCUGUUAAGGAAAAGCAACAGUUAUGGCGAGCCAUUCUAAUUACGAAUACGAGGAUAGAGGACAGAGGAUGCGACACCGGGUUGGUACAACUUCUAGAGCCGCAGACUCUACUGUGGCCUGCACUAGUAGUCAAUAUUAUGUUGGGCCGAGCAGCGACAUCAGUGAAGAAGAUCUCGCAGAGUUGCCUUCUUGCGUUUAUGCGAGUAGGUCUACUCAACACGUCGCACACACCUCCUCACACACUCAUUCUCCUCUCCAUUACCACAUGCCGGUUUCUACACCUGAUCAUAAUGAUACCGAGAUAAAUGGUGUAGAAGAGGGUUACUAUCCAAAUGGCAGUCCUUACAGAAUUCAGCGACAUGCCGCCAAUAUACGUGAGAGGAAACGUAUGCUGAGCAGCAUCAACUCGGCUUUCGACGAGCUUCGAGUUCACGUACCAACGUUUCCAUAUGAGAAGAGACUGUCUAAGAUUGAUACUUUACGCCUGGCUAUAGCAUAUAUUGCUCUCCUUCGAGAAGUGCUGGCUGCCAGACUCGAUCCAUUAACUUAUGUCGAGAGGUGCCUUAGAGGAGAAAUAAAUGGGGAACGUGCUGAAUGGAAUACCAGCGAUCUGACGGCACGUCUAUCAUGGAUAAAUUGGGAGAAUCUAGGUGUGAAUCCCAACCGACGAUCAGUCUUAACCACACUAGCCCUAACGACAGACAAUAUGAAUUACGACGAUGACGUGAGCGUGAUUGCUGUGAUAGGAAAAGAAAACGAUCGAUCUUCAAGGCAGCAGCAAGAUGAAAAACCGAAUAAGAAACAAGAGGAUCGACGAGUGUUCGAGUUGAGUGACGAACGAUGUAAAAUGGCACUUCGAAAGCAACUCGAUCUGAAAUUAUUAUCGACUGAGCAGGAUAAUGUAGUGGAUGAUUACGACGAUGUAGAAAUUUUACAAAAACUUCCUCCUGAAACAAUUGUUAUUAAACAAGAAAAGAAAUAUAAAGAUGAUAGUGAUUAUGUGCGGGAUUCGACGGAAACGAGUAGUGGUGGGUCGAGUUCUAGUAGUGGAGUAACAAAAGUUAAAAGAAUUCAUCGAGCUACAAAAAAAAACCGUGAACCAGCAGAAGUCAGAAGAAAUCCGAUACGUGUUACGAAAAAAGAUCCAGACAAAGAUUUUUCUCGACCAAGACAACGAUUACUUUCUGUAAAACGAAGGGAAAUGCUUCUUAAUUCAGAACCUACUAAACGUGGAAAAUCUACCAUGCCCUAUAUGAAUACAAGAUCUGUUACUCGUAAAAUGUAUAACGUUGGGGCUACUUACCAAGCACCCACAAUAAAAGAUGAAACAGAGUGGAAAGAAUGGCCUGUUCAUGGUAUGCAUGAACGUCCAGUCUUUCAUCCGCAGGUUGGAUUAGCUGCGGAAUAUUUGGGGCAUUAUUUCACAAGUUUAGAUGGAUUUUCUUACCGAGAAAUAAUUGAUCGUCCGGAAAUAGAAGUGGUAUCUGUAGAUCCACAUUGCGACUUCCUCCCCUCAUCUACUAAAAAAAAACAAAAUAAAAAAACCAAACCUAAUAAAGGUUUCUUCAAUACUAAAAACGUAAAGACAGAGUCUUUGAACUCUUCUGAGAAGUACAGGUCUUUUGAAACUUGUAUGCAUGAAAGUUUCCACUCUGUUCUCGGUUAUUGUUCCCAAGUAAUGACUCCGACUUAUAAAGCGACUGUAGAAGGGAAGAUAAAUAAGUUAAGUGACAGCAAAAAUUCAUCUAAAACCUCUAAAGAAAUGGAGAAGCAAUCUCUUGUGAAUACUUCUAUGACAAAUAUUGUUGAACAAAGCUCUAAAAGCGAAUCUACUGUUAGUUUUGAUAAUUUGCAAAAAUCAGCAGCAGAAACCAAGUUUUUUGAUAAUUAUGGAGUCACCAUGUUCCCACAAAAUGUCAAGAGUUUUACUCAAGUUCCAAAGUCGCGUUUAUUUCCAGCUCAGAAGGUGUACAUAGCCAACUCUCAAAAGUCCAUUGCCUUCACCAACCUUAAAACGUUACAAGGAGGGCAGAUGAAGAUACAGGACGUGAUGCGGUCGUCUAAGAGUCCUUUCAUUUUACUAAAUUCUUCAGAUACAAAGGAACCGCAACUUUCGAAGUCAAUUUCGAGAAAUAUAAAUGCAAAUAAAAUAGAAGAAUCUUCUGCCAAUGAAGAAACUUUAGGCGAACUGACAUCAAUAUAUAAAAAUGUAUCUAGCGAGGAGCCGACUGGAAAGAAACGUGGGAAUAAGGUAGAAUUCACGGUGACAAAGUAUCUUUUCGAUAAUAUGCAACAGAACAAAUUUCAAAUGGGAAAAGAAUACAAUACCAACGAAAAGAAAUUAUGUUACGAGACUCCUGGUAAAGACAUACAUGUAAAGGCUAUUUCUACCGACCAAAAUAAGACUUGGUGCAAUGGCGAGACUUCAGAAAUAGCGAAAAUCCUUUCGGAAUACAAUAAAAGUAAUCUGAAAAAAUCAGGCAUAGAAAAUCAAACCUUUUAUCCUAGCAUGAAGAAUAUUAAGGUUAAAGAACUUUGUAUUAAGGAAGAAAAUGCCAAACAAAGUGUUCAAGAGAGUUCCAUAGAUAAAAAUGUAAACAUAAGCUUCCCUCAGGGAAAAUGGAGGCGGUUCCACUUAACUGUGGAAAAGUUGAAGGAUUUAAAAGGUAAUUCCAAUGAGAAAAGACAUUCUGUGGGACUUGUGAAUAGGCAAUCGUUAUUUAAAAUCGAUCAAACAACUGGAGAAAUCUUUUCUGACAGGAAAGUUGAAAAUUCUAAGCAAUUAGAAACGUUUCAAAAAGGGCGAUUAAAUGUAAUGAAUUUUGAGAAGAAAGAAAGUACAUCGACAGUAACGAGAAAUGUAGAUACAACAAUAACGAAGACACAAUCUCUGCAAGAGUUGUUAGAGAACACGGCCAUGUUGUAUUGUGCUGCUACUGGCACUCAUCAGGACGAUUUAGCUAAUUACAUUGAUAAUUUAGAUGCUGCACAGAGCAUACAGUGGUUAGAAACUUGCAAUAAUUUAAUUGUGUGA